AUGAAUCAAGAAGCUAAGGCACAAGAAUGUGAGGAAAAUAUGACUAUUGCUGAGAUUUUAUUAAAGAUUGAAACUCUUCUUGAACAGCUUGGUGAAGAUUUUCGAAAAAAAUAUUCCAGAUUUAGAUCAAAAAGAAAAAAAGCAGAAUUGCUGAUUAUUUUGCAAGAG